AGCAGCGCGGCUGGGAGCUUGAACCGGCACCCCCCUUGUUUUCGCCAUCGAACUCCCACCCAAUCCAGCCCAGCAUUUCGUCGGCGAGACACUGGAUCCAUUUGGCUCCGGUUUCGCUCGUGAACAGACGAACUGCCAUGGAGACCAGCAUGGCUAUCGACCCCGACGACAGGCGACUCCCAAACGAGCUUCUCGAUCUGGUUGUGUCUUUCGUCCCAACCCCAGAGCUCUGGAGGAUCCAAACGGUCUCCAAGACCUUCCGCCACAUCGCCCUCGUCCGCAUCUCGCUCCGAAUCCUGCAGUGCCAGAACACCAAGGAAGUUACGGCGACACUCAAUACCCUGGAGCCCGUCCCGCCCCGCUUUGUCGGCCAAAUGAUGACCCUGGCGGCUUUCCCACCACCAGACGUCGGCAAGGUCGUCUCGGAACUUGUCUUUCGCCAGCCGACAACACCCCGGGUGGUGUGCGUGCUCCACCAGAUCCGGUAUCCGAUCCAUCACCUCAUUGGAUUUCUCUCGGGCUUCCGCGUCGAGCCGGUCUUGAUGCCGGCAUUCAUCCAGGAGCUCCGCCUGGAUUUUGCCGAUCUCUUCCCGCUGCUUGGUCACUGGAUCGCCCAACGGACAAUGUCGCCGCCGCAAGUCGUGGCCGUCAUCGGAUCCCUGUCCCUCUCUUCGCCGCAACUGGCUCAGAUCUUUGAGUACAUCCGCAUCCCACUCAAGGACAAGGUCGAGCUCCUGCGGAGAGAGAGCCGCGACUCGGUCGCCCUGAUCCUCAAGACCUGCACCCUGACCGCGACCGAUCUCAUCGUGAUUCUAAGGGCCCUGCGGGCAUCCUGGGCGGAUGUGGGCUGGAUUCUCAGCCGUCUCCAGCUUGGGUGGGCCGCUAUCGUCGAAAUCCUCGACCGAUUCAAGCUCCGGUACUCUAUCGACUCGCUGGCCAUUGUCAUGGUCGAGUUGCGACACCAUCCGGAGCUGAUCCACAUCCUCCUGAACCUCGAGCUGCGCUACCUGCGAGAGUACGCUGUGCUGGUCAAGGUGCUCGAUGUGCCGAUCCAUGCCGUCGCCCGACUGAUCAACGAGCUCGAUAUCCCCGGCCCCUUCGCACUGGGCCACUUUCUCAAGGAGCUCAGCCUCAGCUACGCCGAGACCGUCGAGCUCCUGGCCGAGAUCCAGCUCGGCAACCGAUUCGACCAAUUGUACGGCGGCGGGCACCCGGCGCUCGGCCGCAUACUGUUCACUGCCGAGAUGGAGCUUUCGCAACUAAGUCUGCUUCUGGCCGAGCUGCGGGUCAAGAACCUGAUGGACCACGAUCGCUUACUGCGGGUCAUUAUCGGUGUCUGGCAUCAAACCCAGAUCUUGGUGCCGGGCCUGGUCCAGUUGGUGGCAGACUUGCACAAGCACCAGAUACUCGAACGGAGCCAAGCCCUUGGUCUGGUCAAGACCCUUGUACCGUUGUAUAUCCACGGGGAUGUCGAGCGGACCUUUGCGGAGCAAUAGCGCCGCCAUGAAGUCAGGCCGCCGAACAGGAGGAUCGAGCCAAACAGUAUCGUUGAACUGGACAACGGGGAAGCUGGGGAGAAUGACGAUAGCGUUGUUUAUCGGGCAGAUGGUUGCUGUAGCACUGGUGCCGACCGUCUCAUCGGCGACACUCCCAGCUUUGUACCAUAUUACUGCUGCUGCACUGGAGUGUGUGUGGUGAGACAGAGCGUGCUGAGAGUCAGGACAGGCACACUUGUGAAUAUACAAAUGUAUGGAUACUUCAA